AUGCAACAAGAGAGGGCUGCCUAUGAGCAGUGUGUGAAGGACAUGUCGCUCAAGACGCAGGAACUGUCGUUGUGGCUGCAGAAGGCGAAUGGCAAGGCGGAUGCUGGCCCAAUCGACCCAGACACGGUGAUCGUUCCUGAGGACGAGCUGUGCAGGCAAGCCCUUGAAUCGCAAGCCGAGGACCUGGCUAUCGAGGACUGCCUUUACGCCCUUGACAAGGCCCUCCAGAAUGAAGUUAUUGGGCUUGACUCCUACCUUAAACAGGUGCGCCAACUGUGCAACAAGCAGUUCUUCGCCCGAGUGCUGGGAGCCAAGGUGGCUUCCAGGCAGUCGCAGCAUCCCAUUCCUGCACGCCACGGCUCAGGCCCCGGCGUCCCGAUGCCUCAGGGCGACUCUUGGGCAGCCUCUGGCAUUCUGAUGAACCCGCUGGCAGGACAGAGGGCAUAA